CAAUGGUAUAAAUUGAAAAUCAUCCCUACACAUUCACUCUCUCACGCUCACAUAGUCACAUCCUGUAAUACCAACUGAGCGAUGCUUAACUUUUCAUCUUCCUUGGAGUAAAAGGUUGAGUUUCUGCUAGUAAAAUUUGUCUGUCUGCUCGUAAUGCACGGGACUGCUUAGAGUACUAAUCUUGUGCUCUGGAAGGUUCGCUAUCCCUGCAGUGCUGCACGUUCUCUUUCACAUAUCGAUCGCAGAUACGAAAUGUGCUGUUAACUGAUUCUUGACCUUCUAGUUGUCGAACUGCAUGUUUCUGGUUUAGGAGAAUACCAUAGAAGGGUUUUUCUUUUCUUUUGUCUUCAAGUUCUUCUCAUGUCAGUACAGAUUUUCUAGAGAGAGAAAAGAGAGUUUCUAGAGAGAUAAAGCAUGGAACAUGCUUCUAAAUAAACCCUUGAAUCCAACGCUUCUCCUUACAUUACUCAGCGAUCCUUGUACGUCGUAUACCCCAAUCAUCAUUCACCACCCAUCUACACAUACAACACCCAUCUUCAACCAUUUCCGACCACUCACUCACUCACCCCUGUUCCCUCGGGCCCCGAAUCCCCAAAACCCGCCGCCGGAAGGAAAUGAAAUGGGUUCCGGUGGAUAACAAAGUUCUAGGGUUUAAAGAAACCAGAUGGAAGAACAACCGUCGAGGGUAUCACAAGCUUCUGCCUUUGGAACCACAAACCACAUCUUUGAUGAUAAGAAAUGUUCCAAGUAGAUAUACUCGGAAUUUAUUGAUCCAGACUCUUGAUAAUCAUUGUCAGCUUGAGAACAGGAAGCUCAGCAAUGGUGGUAACAAGUCUGCUUAUGAUUUUGUUUACCUGCCGAUUGAUUUCAAGCGCCGAACGAACGCUGGGUUUGCGUUUGUGAACUUCACAAACCCUAAGGCGGCGUUUAGGUUUCGAGAUGCGUUUCAUGGCGGACAUUGGAAUCUGUUUGAGAGUUCAAAGGUGGCUGAGAUUACAAUAGCAAGGAUUCAGGGUAAGGCAGCUUUGAUUAAUAACUGCAAGUGUAUGGAUUUUAGCGAUGGCUUGGAGGAAGACAUGCCGGUGUGGUUUGCACCGGCGAGAGAUGGAUCAGAUCAGGUUAGGUCCAAAAUGUUUGUGGUGGGGAAGUUUUCAUGGGCUAAAAUGAAAUUUGGGAAUUAGGUCAUCAUCAUCACAUGUGUGUAUGUUGUUUAGUAUGUGCAAAUAGUAGUAAGGUGGUGGAUUUGAGCACCUGAACCCUGUGGUGUUCUGGUCCACCAUCUUUUCGAGAAUUUUGUUGAAUUAUAUUUUGCUAUAGGUAUGCAAUCUCUUUUAUGCAA